AUGGCAGGCAGAGGUGGACAUGAUAAUAAUAGAUAUGGAGGUGAGCGGGCCCGCAGGCCGCUCCCAACGGAACCACCGUACAUUGCGUACGUGGGCAAUUUACCGCAAGGCGUUGUCCAGGGCGAUCUGAACAAGAUUUUCAAGGAUUACACGGUGAAGAAUGUUCGCCUAGUCAAAGACAAGGAAACGGACGUUUUCAAAGGCUUCUGCUAUGUGGAGUUCGAAACGCUGGACGAGUUGAAACAGGCCCUGGACCUUGAUGGCGUGAUCAUGCUUAACGACAGCUUCGCUGCGCUGAGAAUUGACAUUGCGGAGCAGAAAAAGAAUGACCGGUAA